AUGGCGCUGUUCCGAAGAUUAUUUUACCGGAAGCCGCCGGAUCGUCUUCUCGAGAUCUCUGAGAGAGUCUAUGUUUUUGAUUGCUGCUUCUCUACGGGCGUCUUGGAAGAAGAUGAGUACAAAUUGUAUAUGGGGGGAAUUGUAGCUCAGCUACAAGAUUACUUUCCAGAUGCUUCUUUCAUGGUGUUCAAUUUCAGAGAAGGGGAUAGGCGCAGCCAAAUUUCAGACAUAUUAUCUUUAUGUGAUAUGACAGUUAUGGAGUACCCUCGGCAAUACGAGGGCUGUCCACUUCUUCCUCUAGAGAUGGUUCAUCAUUUCCUUCGAUCAAGUGAAAGCUGGCUCUCUUUGGAGGGGCAGCAAAAUGUGCUUUUGAUGCACUGUGAAAGAGGGGGUUGGCCUGUGCUGGCAUUUAUGUUAGCCGGUCUUUUAUUGUACCGAAAGCAAUAUAGUGGGGAGCUGAAGACUCUUGAAAUGGUCUACAAGCAAGCACCCAGAGAACUUCUCCAGCUUUUAUCUCCUUUGAACCCACAGCCUUCUCAGUUAAGAUAUCUUCAUUAUAUUUCCAGGAGAGAUUUGGGUUCUGAGUGGCCUCCGUCAGACACACCUUUAUAUUUAGAUUGUGUAAUUCUAAGAGUUCUUCCAUUAUUUGAUGGUGGGAAAGGUUGCAGGCCUGUUGUAAAUGUUUAUGGUCCGGACCCUUCAAAUCCUGCCAAUAGAAGUUCUAAGCUUCUUUUCUCAACUUCAAAAGUCCAAAAUCAUGUUCGCCACUACCUGCAGGCAGAGUGUAUGCUCGUGAAAAUUGAUAUUCAUUGUCGUGUUCAAGGGGAUGUCGUUCUUGAAUGUAUACAUUUAAGCGAAGAUUUCGUUAGUGAGGAGAUGAUGUUUAGAGUCAUGUUUCAUACUGCAUUUAUACGGUCAAAUAUUUUGGUGCUGAGCCGUGAUGAAAUCGAUAUAUUGUGGGAUACAAAGGAUCAGUUCCCCAAGGAUUUUAAAUCUGAGGUGCUUUUUUUGGAUGCUGAUGCUGUUAUACCUAAUCUAACCACAGUCAAUGUGAGUGAAGAAGAUGAAAAUGAGACAGAAAGCGGUUCACCUGACGAAUUCUAUGAAGUGGAAGAGAUUUUCAGCAAUGUAAUUGAUGCACAGGAUUCUCCAAAGUUUCGUCAAAAUGCAGGAGAUGAUGGAAGCCUUAAAGAUGUCUGGAAAGAGUAUUCAGAUCCUCCUACUUUUCAGGAUUCCACGCCAGAUGAUGGGUUUAACCAACAGGUUGAAUGGACAGAUUCUGUUAUUAACGAGGUGAAAGACAUCACUGUUGAUGAUGUGAAAUACAAGCUUGAUGAGCUUGUAGAUUCAGAUACUCAUGCAGUGAAAGAUAUUGCUGUGGAUGGUGGAGAAAAUAAGUUAACUUCCACUGCUGUUACUUUUGACAUGAUGGAAACCCCGGAGAGACAAGAAGUCAAUUUGGAUGUGCACGAUGAGUUAGCAGUUAAGCGAAACAAUUAUGACGAAGAUAACAAUGCAACACUUCAAGAAUUAGAGCCCGAGGAAGGGCAGCAGAUGCAUGAUCUUGCCGGAUCAAUAUCUGUUGAAAAGAAACAACUUCCUUCUGACCCAAAGCCAGUGGAAGGCGUAGUUGUAGAAAAGCAAAAGGCUAAACAGAAAGAACCACGGGGAUUUCAGGAAAAACAAGCAAACGAAAAUGCAACAACUAGGUGGAUACCUUCUAAUAAAGCUUCUUAUCAAGAUUCAAUGCAUGUUUCAUAUCCACCGAGAAGGCAUAAUAGUUCACCAUCUAUUCUGUCAAAUACUACCUCUGCAAAGGAGAAAAUUACUAAUGCCAAAGGAAGACGUAUUUCUUCGACAAAUGAUCUGAAAAGUUGUAAUGGGGACAAUUCAAAAUCUCUAGAAAGCAUAUGGGAAAUUGAUUCAAACGCCCAGCUAUCACCAUUGAUACCAAUUACAGAGUCAUUUCAUCAGUCAGCUACUCAAGCACUACAGUUAAGCAUUGAUCAAGUGCUACAACCUCAUAUCCCCCCUUUCGCUCCACCCCCAACUCCACCCCCAACACCAUCUUCUUCCUUGGAUGGUAAAGUGUCUACGAUACCGCAACCCCCGCCUCAACCGCCUCCUCAACCUCCAGCACCACCUCCACCUUUUUUGUCAGGUUUUGGUAAGAAAAAUGAAGAGAUGGACUUACAAGCUGCAACUUAUCCUCCUCCACCCCCACCUCCGCCUUCAUUUUCUGCGCAAAAUAGAGGGAGCUCAUUACCUCUUUCUACUCACAGGAAGCCCUAUUAUUCAUCGAUUGGUGUAGGUGGAGAAAAUGGUGGUGCUUUACCUCCUUCAACUCCUAUAGUAGGAAGUGUUUUUGCAUCAAAAGUUUAUAAAUUAGUUGAUGCAGUCAUUCUUCCCAUUCCUCCACCACCACCACCACCACCUCCACCCUCUUCUUCUCUCCCCCCAAAAUAUGGAGUUACAUCCAUUCCUCCUCCACCACCUCCACCACCUUUGUCUUAUAUGGAUAGAGCUCCACCACUCCUUCCUCCUAUAACACCAACAUUACUUAAUGCUCCACUACCACCACCUUUAAAUAUAUCUCAACCUCCACCUCCACCACCAUUGCCUCCUACUCCUCCUGUUGUAUAUAAAGCCCUACCACCAUCUCCUCCACCACCACCUUUUUGUAAAGCUCCAUCAACCCCACUUGCUAUUAGUAUAGCUCCACCGCCUCCACCUCUUCUUUCUACAAGUAAAACACAACCUCCGCCGCCACCACCACCUCUUCCUUCAUCAACUGAAGAACCUCCACCACCACCACCACCUCCUUCAAUGUCUAAGGCCCCACCACCCCCACCCCCACCUCCACCAUUCUUUGGAGCUCCACCAUCACCACUUCUUCCUAGAUCGAGUGGAGCACCUUCACCACCACCUCCACCUCCUUUGUCCAAGGCUCCACCCACAACCCCACCAUUCUAUGAAACUCCACCACCGCCACCUCCUUUGUCCAAGGCUCCACCCCCACCCCCACCCCCACCAUUCUAUGGAACUCCACCACCACCACCUCUUUUUUCAUCAAGUGGAGUACCUCCACCGCCAUCUCCUUCAUUGUCUAAGGCACCACCACCACCCCCACCUCCACCUCCACCAUUCUAUGGUACUCCACCACCACCCCCACCAUAUCUUCCUACAUUAAGUGGAAUACCUCUAACACCACCAACUCUUGCAAUGUCUAAGGCCCCACCUCCACCACUCAAUAGAGCUCCACCACCACCACCACCACCACAAUAUCUUCUUGCAUCUAGUGGAGCACCUCAACCACCACCACCACCUCCUUCAAUGUCUAAGACCCCACCUCCACCAUUUUAUGGGGCUCCACCACCACCAUCAUAUCUUCCUAUAUCUAGUGGACCACCACCACCACCACCACCACCACCACCUCCUUCAAUUGGAGCACCACCACCACCACCAUAUCUUCCUGCAUCUAGUGGAGCACCACCACCACCACCACCACCACCAUAUCUUUCUGCAUCUAGUGGAGCACCACCACCACCACCUCCCCCAUUUUAUGGAGCAACUCCACCACCACCACCUCCCCCAUUUUAUGGAGCAACUCCACCACCACCACCUCAUUCACUGUCUAAGGCCCCACCACCCCCACCUCCACCAUUCUACGGAGCAACACAACCGCCACCACCUCCCAUGCAUGCAACAAAAGCACCACCUCCUCCACCACCUCCGGGUGGUCAAGGCCCACCUCCUCCUCCACCUCCAGGUUUUCGAGGCCCACCUCCUCCGCCACCUCCAGGUUUCCGAGGCCCACCUCCCCCGCCACUUCCAGGUGGCCAAGGCCCACCUCCUCCUCCACCUCCAGGUGGUCGAGGCCCUGCUCCACCACCUCCUCCUGGAGCUCAUGCACCUGGUGCUCCCGCACCUCCUAGACCUCCAGGUGGUGCACCCCCACCGCCUGGGGCUGAUCCAAGAGGUAGAGGGCGUGGACUUGCACGUCCUACUGGUGCAGCGGCACCUCGACGAUCCUCCUUAAAGCCUCUUCAUUGGAGUAAGGUAACAAGGGCAUUGCAAGGAAGUUUAUGGGAAGAAUUACAAAGACAUGGAGAAACUCAAAUUGGACAAGAGUUUGACGUUUCAGAGUUAGAGAAGCUUUUUGCUGUAAAUGUUCCCAAACCUGCUGCUUCUGGUGGUAAAUCUGGAGGGCUAGGCAAGUCUGCAGGAUCCAAACCUGAGAAAAUUACCUUGGUUGAUUUAAGGAGAGCCUAUAAUACUGAAAUUAUGCUUACAAAGGUUAAGAUGCCUCUACCGGAUAUGAUGGCUGCAGUACUGGCUUUGGAUGACUCAGUAUUAGAUGUUGAUCAGGUGGAAAAUCUUAUUAAAUUUUGUCCUACCAAAGAGGAAAUGGAUCUUUUGAAGGCAUAUACUGGCAACAAGGAGAAUUUGGGAAAGUGCGAACAGUUCUUUAUGGAGCUGAUGAAAGUGCCACGAGUUGAGUCGAAAUUAAGAGUAUUCUGUUUCAAGAUUCAAUUUCAGUGUCAGAUUACAGAGUUUAAUAAGAGUUUAAACUUAGUGAACUCUGCAUGUGAAGAGGUCCGAAAUUCAGUCAAACUGAAGGAGAUUAUGAAGAAAAUUCUUUAUUUGGGUAAUGCAUUGAAUCAAGGAACAGCAAGAGGAUCUGCUGUUGGAUUUAAGUUAGACAGCCUUUUAAAGCUCACCGACACUCGUGCUUCUAACAGCAAAAUGACACUGAUGCAUUAUCUUUGCAAGGUCCUAGCUGAAAAGUUUCCUACACUCCUUGAUUUUCACCUUGACCUAGUUAGCGUAGAUACUGCCUCUAAGAUACAAUUGAAGUCAUUAGCAGAAGAAAUGCAGGCAAUUACCAAGGGACUAGAAAAAGUAAACCAGGAGCUUGCUGCUUGUGAAAGUGAUGGCCCAGUAUCUGAAGUUUUCCGUAAGACAUUGAAAGAUUUCGUUAAUGAAGCCAAGUCUCAGGUGGAUUCUGUAACACGCCUAUAUUCUGAUGUGGGUAGAAAUGCAGACGCACUUGCACAGUAUUUCAAUGAGGAUCCUGCUCGUUGUCCUUUUGAGCAAGUUACUGCAACUCUGUUAAAUUUUAUAAGGAUGUUUCUCAAAGCACAUGAUGAGAAUAUCAAACAAGCAGAAUUAGAGAAGAAGAAAGCUGAGAAAGAGGCUGAAAUGGAGAAGAAAGCUAAGAAGGAGGCUGAAAUGGAAAAGGGUAAAAGCAGUGGUUUGACAAGGAAGAGUAAAAAAGAUAAAGAAGAAGAAAGCUGA